UUUGUACAAAAUUAGUGGUUUGGGUUGUUUGUUUGUUUUCUUUUAGAUGAAUAAUUUGGUAACACCAGUUGUGGGAUUUAUAGAGGACACCUUCCAGGCCACUCCUAAUCCAGAUGAAGUGAGCGAUGUCUUUGUGGUGCCACUGGAAUACUUCCUUGAGCCCUUAAAAUACACGGCCUUGCAUUAUAAAACAUCAUCUGGUCACCGAAGUCGGAUGCAUUGCUUCACGUACGAUGACAAUGAGCGUAAAACAUCAUUCACGAUUUGGGGACUUACUGCACACUUUGCUGUAUUUCUUGCUCUUGUAAUUUUUGGAAGGAGACCUACCUUUGAAGUUGAUUAUGACCUUGACAACUUAAUUUCAUCUGCUGAGGAGAACUUCAUGAAUUUAUAUGCAUCGGUACAGCAAGAGAAGAAAAGUAAUCUAUGA